AUGACGGCUGCGGCACGGUCCAGUCGACUCCGCCCUGGCGGAUACCAGCGUGUACCUGAAUGGGAGUUGGAACAACGUCAAGGCCAGAGCCAGAAUCCACGCCAGCAGCGGUAUCAGGACACGCCCGCCGGUCCGAGCGACCCGUACACCGGCCGUCAGCUUCCAGAGAAGCCCCUGCCCGCCCUACCACCGCCGUCUGCACCCAUGCUCAUGAGCCCCGGCCCCGGGACAACUGUCGGCCUCGCCGGCCGCCGGCGCCCCCGCCAUGAUCUUCUGGGGGGCCCUCGCCGGAUGCCUUCCUUCGCCGGGCCUCGUGCUCAAGCUCGCCUUGGCAACGCCACACGGGCACCCCCGCUUUGGCCGGUUUUGCCCGAGUCCCUCAACGGGGGGACCAACAACGCAACGAUCGAGGUAAUCAUCGAACAGGGUGGCUUCAAUAACUCCCCUGGCUGGCUAUCUCAAUUGUCCCAAUGCCUGGAAGCAUCAAGUUGGGACCGAGGCUUCGCUGGACUGGCAGUCGCGCUACCUAGCGAACGGUCAGUUGACACUCUGCUCCAGAGCUUGAUCGAUACUGUUGCUGACAAGAAUCAGCCACCACUCGCCUUCAAGGGCUUAUCGAGGGAUACGAUUGGACCAUUGAGGAUACGUACGCUGCGCAGACAAUGUGCCCAUACGAGACGUCGCUGGUGCGAGCUCUUCACCUACGAAGAAUGGCUCGGCUUCUCCUACGCCGUGGACCUCGCCUUUUCAGGCAACAAUAUGUUCCACAACCCCACCGGUCGUGCCGUGGUUCUGGGCUCCAGCAAAGAAGUUAUCGCCCGCCCAAAGACCCAUACCUUGGCUAUUCCGGGUUCCCAGAUCAACACGACCCUCGAUUCCUCGGAAGAGACCUUUCCCUGA